GGGCAGAGACAAGUGAGAAGAUAUAUAAGACACCUAAAACUGAUACUCAGACAGACGGAGAUAAUAGGGAGCCAGGCAGACUGAAAGGCUUACACAUAACAAAUCAGCAGCACCAUCACAUUGUAAAGGAUUACCUGUGACAAACACCAUGGCAUGCUAUUUGCAGAAGGAUGCCAGGACAUUUGCCUGGCUCCUUAUCUCCUUUUUUCUGCUCUUUGCUUCUUUUGGGAUGUCGGGGGCGUUAACACUUGGCCAUCAAACACCAGGGCAACAGGGAGAGCAGAAAGGAAAGGAUGCAGCAAUUUCUGAGGUGUCAGGUGAACAUCACAAACCACGGGAUGCAAAGUUUGGAGCUUUCAAACCAGCAGCACAUUUGACUGCUGUUAUAAAUGAAGAUAAAUUGAACUUUGUGUCUGACAGCAGCCUUGCUUUUCUGAAGGAUGGAAUGAAGUUGGAAAACAAUGAACUUGUAAUCCCAUCUGAUGGUGUUUACUUUGUGUAUAACAAAGUGGCCUUCCAAGCAUCUGGGUGUGGCAAUGAUCGAAUAAUCAUCACAUGUACAGGCAGCCGUACCUCUGAUCUGUAUCCAGAUGUUGUUCCACUCUUCACGUCCACAAAGUAUGCAUGUGGUGGGCGUCCUCAUGAAAUGGGAUGGCUACAGCCUUUCUUCCAUGGAGCAACUGUCAUACUGCACAAGGGUGACAGACUGUCAGUGACUGCACAACCCUUGGUCAAUGUCGAUGCUAAGAAUACAUACUUUGGUGCUUUUGCUAUUUGAAGUGGAUCUUAUUGCAGUGUUGCUUCAUAGCAGUAAAAGAGAGCCAAAGUAAUCUUAGAACUGAUCACACAGCUAUUUAAACAAAAUCAUAGUGCUCUGCAAAUGGCCAUCUGUUUAUGUAUGCUGCUAAUCCAUGAUAGAAAGUCAUUUCCCAGACACACAGGGAUUUGAUAGUUUGUAUUAACGAUGCUGCUAUUUUGACUUAAAAGUUAACCAUAUAAAGUCUGGAGCAUGACUGCCUGCUAUUAUGUUCAGUACUGAGGUGUAUAUUUUAGAGGAAAGACAAGAGCAGGAAAACGUGAUAUGCAGUGAUUCUUUCCUAUGUACUGAAGUAGGGCUAUGAAGAAAAGAUACAAAGGUAGGGACGUGUGUAAACAUUAUCAACACAAUUAUUUCUUUCAGUGAACAUUACGCAUGACCUGCUGUUGGCAGGGUGGAAGAAAGAUUGGAGUAACUUGACAGGGAGCUGCUGAAGCAGCCAUCACAGACCAUCAACCUUCUUCCAGGUCUAUGGUAAAUCAUCAAAAGGAAUAACCAUCAAAAAGCAUAUCAUCGAAACUCCAUCCAUCAAAAAUGCACUUCAUCUAACCUGUGAGAUGGGGAAAGUAACUACUUGGCCAAAAUGUCCUCAUCUCACAAACGGCAGUAUUUCAAACCUACCCAUGUGGGGGUCUUCACCCCCCGUGCCCCCCCAAACACCCCUAACAAUAUAUACCAACUCUGAGAUUGCACAACAGUGGGGAAAAGUGAAACAGGGAAGUGUUGGCCUUGGCCGACUUGUUAAUCUCCCCGUCUUACAUGUUCGAUGAAAUGACCUUUCGAUGGAUGGAGUUUUGAUGCUUUGCAUUCGAUGAUGUCAUUCAAUGGUUAUUCCUUUCAAUGCUUAACCAUAUACCCUCUUCCUCCACCUGCCUGUUAAUACAUUAAUAUGAAGCCUUUGAAUUUUCCGUUACUAAACUGUGAGACAGGUUAUAGUCAUUAUUGUGGAAUUUGGAGAGCAUAUUUUUUCAAAUGUCAAACUAUACUACCUGAAGUAGUCAUCUUAAAGAAUGACAUAACAUUGCUUAUAGGUCUGCUUUCUUCUCAGGUAAAUGUAUUUGUUGGAAAAUUAAAUCAACACAAAUCACAAUAUUAGCCUGAGAUGAGAUGCUUUAUUAAUAAUCAUAUAAAGAGGGGUGAAGAAGUGACAAGAACCCCUGUUGUAAAGGCUGAUGUAACUAAGAGAAUUAGAGAGCUCCUCAGCAUCUCCAGAGCCAUUAGACAUUCUAACUCCCCACUGCUCUUCAGAAUACAGCAAUUUGCAAAACUGUAUUCACUUAGCAUGGUGGCCCAGUUUGUAGCCUUGCUGCCUCAGUAACAGCUCCUGCCAUUUGGUUUUCAGCUAGGGUGGCUCUGUGCAGAGACUGCAUGUGCUGCACGCAUUUCUAUGGGUUUUCCCCCCAAAAAAGAUCCAGUUCCUUCAACUUUUAUACUGAUGAAUGCAUUCACUAAAGUAUUAUAUGCAUAAAGUAUUAUAUGCAUAAAGGCUAUUAACACUGACAUAUUCACCAUACCAGCAAAUUUGCUUGUCUUAGUAUUAAGCAUUAACUCACUUUUGCUACAGAAAUAAGUAAAAUAAAUUUGCAGACCACAUACUGAAUUUACAGACUGAAGUUAUUUCCUUAAGCUCAGAUCUCUGGGUCAUUACAUUUUAAUUGUAUUAUUGCAGCUGAAUGCACUUUCUCUACGUGAUGUAUUUUGUGAAUGUAAAUCAGUUUUAAAAAUGUGGUUUUCAACCACGUAAUGUGAAACAGCUGGUUUUUUGCCUUUUCUCUAUACUCUGUUUUAUUGUUUACUACUGACAGAAGAAAUAAAAGUACACUGUAUAAGCAGAAA